GUGACUCUCUCCACGACACAUCCACACGCAGAACCAUGCCUCCUCGGCUCAACAAACGCCAGCAGCGCGAACUGGAAGAGCUCGAAUCUCUUGCACGCGACAAGACACCUCUGAAUGAAUCGGAUGACGACGAAGAGGACGACGGCGCCGAUGAUGGAGCUGAUCAAGUCGUCCGGCGUGGUGGUGCUAGUGGUGCAGGCGGAGGCUUCUCAGCGCUGUUCGUGCCCGAUGAGGAUGAGGAGAGUGCGGACGAGGACCGGAAGCCCAAGUCGAAGAAGAAGAAAAAGAAGAAGCCCUCGUCUGCUGCUGCUCCUGCUCCCGCGCCUGUAGCUACCCCGCGCCCGCACGGGCGCCACCACCUCCGCCCCGCUCCGAAGAACGAAAAGAAAGCAGCGAAGAAGGCCAAGGCGCGGGAAAGAAAGGCGGGCAAGGAUGAGAUUGACCAGGCUCUCGCCGAGCUUUCUAUCAAGUAUCCCGAGCUACAAACUGUUGCGAGCAUGAGCAAGGAGGAGGUGUCCUCGUCGGAAGCACUGGCGUCACUCCUUUCUGUCUCCUUACAGCACCUCGACAGCGAAGGCGAGAUGCGCAAGUUCUUCGGCGCCAAAGUCGUCCAGGCGAACAAGUCCGGGGACAAGGCUUCGGGAGCUGGAUCAUCGAGGCGCCAAACGGGCCACCGGUCGAAUCUCACCCGCCGAAAUCCGGGUGAAGAUGGACAAGUACGCGCUGGAUCGCUCCCGAAUGAGAAGUGGUGGACGGUCGAGUACACUCGGAAGUACAAGAGCAUCACACUGGCGUUCAUCAACAUCGUUUAUUCUGGCGAUCCCAAUGGUUUCUAUGAUCUGGUUCGGCAAUUCCCGUGGCACGGCGACACCCUUCUGCAGCUCGCCGAGGUGUUCCGACACCGAGAAGAGUACGCGCAGGCCGUCGAAUACGUUGAUCGCGCAUUGUUUGCCUACGAACGCGCUUUCUUCGGCUGUUCGUUCAACUUCACUGCCGGAAUCCACCGCCUCGAUUUUGAUCACGUGGAAAACAGGCCGUUCUUCUUAGCAUUGCAUCGGCAAACGACAGAUCUCCAACGUCGGGGCUGUGUUCGAACUGCUUUCGAGUUUGCCCGGCUGCUUUUGUCUCUUGACCCGACCAAUGACCCACAUGGAGCGUUGUUGCAUCUGGACUUUCUGGCCAUCAAGACUGGGAUGGGACAGUGGCUGCUGGAUAUGUUUGAACUAUAUGCGACGCGCCGGAAGCAGGUCCAGACGCAAGAUGCGCGGGUGGAUCCAAGCCUGCUUCCAGGUUGGUCUUAUGCCCGGGCCUUGGCGAUCCGUACAGCAGGCAAAGCCAAAGAUUCCAGCGCUGGGACCGCUGAACUCAGGGAAGCAGUCCAUAAUUUCCCUUCGAUUGUGCCUUUGCUAGCGGAUAAGCUGGAUGUUUCGCUGCCCAAUACCGUCCGCAGCCAUCCUGAUUGCAAGAUCGAGACGGAUGGCAGAAACUUGCAUGUGACAGACGCAGUCCUCCACCUGCUCUCCCACUUGUAUGCGCAGAGAUCCUUUCCUCUCUGGAAAGACGAAUCCGCGUGGUUCUCCAGCACGGUCGCAGACGAAUUCUCGAGUCCCUCGGGCUCUAGUACGACUCGUCGUCAAGACUUCUUGGCGCUGUACCAGAAUGUGAAUCUGCGGUACUCGGUGUACCGACACGUGAUGGUACUCGAGACCAGCUACCGGCGGCUCUUCUCAUACAUCCCCUCGGACGUCCUGAACACCAAAACCCUGCAGUGCGAUCCGCUUCCUCCUCCGACGGCGGUGACAAGCUAUGACGACGCGUACUUCGUGGAUACGGACGACCUGCGCUCGUUCAUGCCGCGGCUCUCCUCGCGGCAACGCGCGCAGCAGGGCCGGAUCCUGGCGCAGAUGAUCCCCGACGGCGCGCUGCGCGAUCAGCUGCAGGGCUUCUUCAACGCGAUGCCCGCUGUGCAGGAGCGGUUCCCAGGCGGAGUGUUGCAGUUCGCCGAAGCGGCAGCGCAGAUGGCGCCAGACGAAUUUGAGGCGUUGAUGAUGGCCGCGAUGGCUGCGAACGAGGACGCCCAGAUGCCUGGGGAUAUGCCCGGGGAUAUGCCCGGAGUCUGGCAAGAGGAUGGUGUGCCGGCGCACCCGAACGCCGAAGAGCAGAUCGAGGAAGGUGACGAUGACGAAGACGAGGAUGACGAAGACGAAGAAGUUGCGCCUCUUCCUCUGCGCGUCAUCCGCAACGUGUUUGGUCGGUUUUGGGGAGGAAAUGCACCAGCAGAUGACUCUUCGUCCGACGACGACCCCGUAGAUGAUACCGGUGUCGAUUAGGUCGAUCAGAAACUGUCCAGAUCUGUGCCUUUGGUGCCAUGCUCAAUGCAGCCUGUAAAUG